UCCGAGUGUGUCUGUACGGGCUCUGCCUGCGUACUGCACCCUGGGAAAGCGGAGGCUGGGUCCUGCGCUUCCCCGAGGUUCCCUGUGCGAAACGGUACCCUGGCCACGGCUAAGCGUAAAUGCCCUCUGGGAAAAGUUGUUCCAUCUGCCUGUCUGUCUCACGCAGCUUUCUGGUUCCCUGUGCCGCCAUCAUGUCUCGGAGCCCCCCUGGCAGCUCUGUGGAUGACAAGACCUUUUUCCCGGAGUACCGAUGCCACCCGGUACGGCCGGAGCCCCCCAGCCCGACCUCCCCCCCCGGGAAGUGCAGCUUCGCCACGGCACCCGCCGCCGCCUCGCUCCCACCAGUGGGUUCUCCCACCUCAGCCGAGCCCCGCCGCAUCGUCCUCAGCACGGACAGCCCGGCCGCGCUGAAGGUGGGAACUCAGCAGCUGAUCCCCAAAAGUUUGGCUGUCUCCAGCAAGACCAAGAACAACCCCUCCCGGCAGCAGAGCGUCGGGGCGAGCCGGGAGCCCCCGGGCCCCGACCCGAAACGGGCGGCCGUCCCCAGCCUUUCCCUGGAGGCGGAGGUGGAGGAUGACGGUGGGGGGGCCCUCAAGCGCAACCUGAGGAACAUGUCCUACCGCGCGGCCAUGAAGGGCCUGGGCACGGAGCCGGAGCCGGCGAACGCCGUCCCCUCGCUGAAACCCGUGUUGGAGGAGGGCAGCGCCCUGCCUGCCCGCAGCCCCGGCAGGAACAAGAGAACCUUUGGGCGGAGGCGGGUGCAGAAGCGUGGCGGCUCGUUCAAGGACCAGCCCCAGCUGUAUCAGGAAAUCCGUGAGAGAGGUCUGAACUCUGUCAGCCAUGAGUCAGAUGAGGAUUUGCUGGAGGAAUCCAUACCCGAAGAGCCGUCCCCUCCGGGUGCCGCUAUCGUGGUGCAGAGCUAUCGCCCGGCGCAGGUGACCUGGAGCCAGCUCCCGGAGGUGCUGGAAGCGGGCAUCCUCCAAAGGAUAUCCCCCGAAGAGCGCAAGCGGCAGGAGGCGAUGUUUGAGAUCAUCACUUCUGAGUACUCCUACAUGCACAGCCUGAGCAUCCUGGUGUGCCACUUCAUGAGGUCGGAGGAGCUGAAGGAGACCAUGACUCAGACGGAGCACCACCACCUCUUCUCCAACAUCAGCGACAUCCUGGCGGUCAGCACCAGAUUCUUUGAAGACUUAGAGAAGCGACACCAGGAAAACCUCCUAAUUCCCGACAUCAGUGACAUAGUGGAAGAACACGCCUCGAACCACUUCAAUCCUUACGUCAGCUACUGCUCCAAUGAAGUCUACCAGCAGAGGACACUUCAGAAGCUGCUAACCACAAACCCCUUAUUUAAAGAGACCUUGAAACAGAUUGAAAGGAAACCAGAAUGUGGAGGCCUGCCAAUGAUAUCAUUUCUCAUUCUCCCUAUGCAGAGGGUAACACGGCUUCCUCUGCUGUUAGAUACGGUCUGUCAAAAAACAAAAGCAUGCACUGCAGCGUAUGGAGCUGCCACCAGAGCUCUGAAAGCCAUCAGCAAGCUGGUUAAGAACUGCAACGAGGGAGCUCGUGCUAUGGAGAGGACAGAGCAGAUGUACACCCUGCAGAAACAGCUGGAAUUUGGAAAGAAGAAGCCUUUCCCGCUGAUCUCUGCUUCCCGCUGGCUGCUGAAGCGGGGGGAGCUGUACCUGCUGCUGUCGGAAGAAGCGGGCAUCUUCCGCCGAGGCGCCGGCAGGCUCUGCUACCUCUUCUUGUUCAACGACGUCCUGAUCAUAACCAAGAAGAAGAGCGAGGAGAGCUACACCGUCGUGAACUAUGCCACGCUGGACCAGAUCACGGUGGAGAAGAUCGAGAACGCGGACCCGCCUUCCCCUCCUCCCGGCAAAACCGGGAGCGGCGGCACGGCCCGCGGCGCGGCCGGCGGGCAUCUGCUCCGGGUGGUGAUGGAGAAGGACAGCGAGGGCAGGCGGGAGGAGAUCGUGCUGUCGGCAGAGACGCUGAGUGACCGGGCCCGGUGGAUUGCUGCGCUGAUGCACAGAGAAAAGGAGAAGCCUGACACCACUCCUAAAGGAGAUCUGAGCCAAGUGGAGAUAACCCGCGCCUACCUGGCUAAACAGGCGGACGAGAUUUCCCUGCAGCAGGCUGAUGUUGUCCUGGUGUUGGGUGGAGAGGACGGCUGGUGCUGGGGUGAGAGGCUGAGGGACGGUGAACGGGGCUGGUUUCCCCAGUCCUGCGCCCGGGAGAUCACCAGCCGCGCAGCGGUGGAAUGCAACGUCCGCCGGAUGGAGCGCCUGCGGAUAGAGACCGACGUGUAGGCUGACGGCCAAGGGAAGACGCCUCUGUCGUGACUUCUUUCAGGGGGCCUUCAGACCUCUGCGGACCGAGCCCGUAGCGAGAAGGGCGCGGGAGAGCCUUUCUUGUUGAAUUUCGUUUGUCUUGAGUGGUCGCGGGCAGCGGAUCUUAUCGUUCAGGACCGGUUUGUGUAGCGGCCGUGACAGCAGCUAAUUAAUGCGAGACCCGGCAUCCGAGCUCUCCUGGCCAACGCUAAUAUUAAUGACCUGGAAUGGGCUUCCAGAGCCAGCCAAGGUGUUGGCUCAAGUUGAAAAGGCUGCGGCUGCGUUCUGGGCUCUGUGAAGGCCUCGUGCUGCUGUCUCUUUCCCCGCUGAUUUCUGGGCCGGUGCCUGCUGGCAGCGGCUGCACACCUUGCGUGGGGAGGCCUGGGGCAUAGGGAGAGCAAACCUGAAUCAAGAAUUUUUAGGAACUGAAAUCUAUAUGCUAGGCUUAUUCCUUGACCCAAUUUUUCCCCCCUCUUUUUUUUUUUUUCCUUCCCUUCUUUCCACCCCCCCCACAAGCAUUCUCGGUUCUUUUGAGCACAGCUCUGACCUCCGCAGGGUGAGGUGAUGCCCACCACCUUUCAGUCACCUGCUAAACUAGCAGAUGCCGGAGGCUGGUGCCGUCGGAAUCGUUGUCAUAGAGUCAGCUCGGGGGCCAGAAAUGGGAUGCUCCAGCCAGAGGGAAGCGAUUCGCAAGUCCCGCUAGACGAGCAAGCCGGGAGCAUGAAGAGGAGCGAUGCUGCAGCUCCCGGCUGCCUGUCCCGUCUCCCGAGGUGGGCACGUGGAUGUGCCGGGGCACAAGGCAGGGGGUCAGUCCCCCUGGAGAGGGAUGUAGCGAUGGAGGGUCAAACCUCAGCCUUCCCGAGGCAGAGCGGUCCCCUCUCCUCCCCUUCUCCCCCAGAAUUAGCACCGACAAGUGAUUAAUGAAGAGGGCCGAGGCAGGGUGCUGCUUCUGCCGUAGCUGAGCAGCGUGAAUCUGGGGUUUUCGUGGGUCGGAUGUUUAAUGCCGCAGGGACUUCGGGGCAGCGGCAGGAGACGGGGCCGGGCGGCUCGGCCGGCGGCUCUGCGAUGCUCGGCCGGUUGCACCUCGUGGAAGGGAUACGGCAGCUACGAUGUCGGGGCGAGGCGGCUCCACGCGCUGCCUGGCUUUGGAUUCACAGGGGCACCGUUGUUGUAACGUGUCUGUUUGGAUUAAACUGUUAAAGGAUUAAUUGGAUUAACAAUAAAUUCCUGGAUCCCAGUGAAA